AUGUCGGCAGAUCAAAUGUCAUAUGCCCCAUCGGCAGCAGCAGGGAAACAGAUUCCUGCUCAUCCUCUCUGCCCAGUAACAGCUGCGGAAAUCAAACAAUCUGCACAUCUAAUCAGAAGCUUGUACCCAGCCAACACAGACUUCGCUUUCAAAGUCAUCACUCUCGAGGAACCCGAGAAAGCUCACUUGGUGCCCUACCUGGACGCUGAGCAUAGCCGAGGCAGAUUACCACAGAUCGAUAGAAAGAUUUUCGUUUGCUACUAUCUACGCAACACUGACAAAUUUCACGAAGCCAUAGUCAACCUUUCCCAGCAGCGGGUAGAGAGCAAUGUACGACUGGGCCCCAAUGUCCAUGGUCCUGGCGACUGGGAGGAGAUCUUGCUGGUCGAGAAGAUCGCAUUGGAGGAUGAAGGAGUAAAGGCUGAGAUAGCCAAACUGGGUCUGCCGGAGGGAACGGCCGUCAUCAGCGAUCCUUGGAUUUACGGAUCCGACGGUAUCAACGACGACCGCCGAAUGUACCAAUGCUUUCUGUACAUGCGUGAUCCAAACGACCCGUCAAACAUGGACUCGAACCAUUAUGCGUUUCCACUCGCUAUCUCUCCGGUCGUGGACUGUGUAGACCUCAAGGUCAUUCGCAUUGACAUGUGCCCUACAGGCGCUGAUCAUGCAACCAAGGAGGCCCAGGCUCUUUGGGUACCGCCACCGAACGAGUACACUCCCGAGCAUCAAAAGUUGAGGACCGACUUGAAGCCAUUGAAUGUGGUGCAGCCAGAAGGUACCAGCUUUAAAGUCACUAAAGUUGGGGAGACCGGACAGAUCAUUGAAUGGCAAAAAUGGUCGUUUCGAGUGGGCUACAACCAGAGGGAGGGUGUGGUGCUCUACGAUGUGCGAUAUGCUGGCCGGAGUCUAUUCUACCGCCUGGCACUGUCUGACAUGAACAUCCCUUAUGCUGAUCCUCGGGCGCCAUUCCAUAAGAAAGCGGCCUUCGAUCUCGGCGACGCCGGCGCGGGCGCCAUGGCGAACAAUUUGAAACUUGGCUGCGACUGCCUAGGCUCCAUCCACUAUCUAAGCGCUGUCUUGGCAACCGCGCACGGAGAGCCAAUGCCCAUGGAAAAUGUAGUCUGUGUCCACGAGCAAGACGCCGGCAUUGGCUGGAAGCACACCAACUACCGAACCGGCCGGGCAGCUGUUGUCCGAAGUCGGGAACUCGUCGUCCAAUCCAUCAUCACGGUCGCCAACUAUGAAUACAUCAUGGCCUUCAUGUUCAACCAAGCCGGCGAGAUGACCUACGAGGUCAGGGCGACCGGCAUCAUCAGCACCCAACCCAUCGACGAAGGCGUCGAAGUUCCGUGGGGCACCAUCGUCCACCCCGGCGUCCUCGCCGUCCACCACCAACACAUCUUCUCCCUCCGCGUGGACCCCGCCAUCGACGGCCACGCCAACCGCCUCGUCUGCGACGAAAUCCACCCCAUGCCCGUCUCCGCCUUCAACCCCCACGGCGUCGGCUACACCGUCUCCGAGACCACCGUCCCCGAGUCCGCCGGCCUCGACACCGACUACGACGCCGCCCGCACCUUCAAGGUCCUCAACGCGGCCUCCCGCAACCCCGUCAACGGCAAGGCCGUCGGCUACCGCAUCCACGUCCCCGGCUUCCAGAAGAUGCUCGCCCACCCGGACUCCUUCCACCACAAGCGCGCCGAGUUCGCCGACCACAACGUCUACGUCACCCGGUACCGCGACGGCGAGCUCUACGCCGGCGGCCGCUACACGAACCAGUCGCGCGGCGGGGCCGGGGUGCGCGCCUGGGCCGCCCGCCGCGACGCCGUCGUCGACGCCGACAUCGUCCUCUGGCUCCAGUUCGGCCUGCAGCACGUCACCCGCGCCGAGGACUUCCCCGUCAUGCCCUGCGAGGUCAUCCGCGUCUCGUUCAAGCCCGUCAACUUCUUCCCCGCCAACCCCGCCCUCGACGUCCCGCCCAGCACCCAGGCGUUCAACCGCAGCACCCUCGUCGCCGAGCGGCACCGGCAGCCGGCGGUGGAGGGCAGGGUCGGGGAGGACGGGGCGGUGUGUUGCUCGAGUAAGCUGUGA